AUGUACAUGACACAACUUCUCACGCCGCACCUCCGCUCUGCGUUCACACCUGGCUACAUACUGUCCCGCAAGCUCGGAAUCUCCUCAAAGCCGAAGGAGCAGGUCGGUCAGUCAUCGUUCUCUUCCAAGGCGAAGGACCGCCGUCGUUCCGAUCCGAUUGCCAUCCCUGCAGCCUCAAUCACCAUCGCGUCCCUUUCCUGGUUCCUGAGACAAUCCCCGAUCAUGAUUCCGAGCUCCACCCCCGGAGGCACCCCGGAGAGUGCGUCGCAUGAUGUCGAAGAGGCGAAGGAGGUGGAGGAGAUGAAGUCUGAGGACUUGGAGGCAGUGAGGAGGCGAGCACAGGGAAUGGUGCAGCAGUUGACAAAAGAGCUGGAAACAAAAGAAAAUGCUGAACAGGAGAUGAUAAGGCUCUAA